AUGGUGACUCCACCCCAUGUCAAACCUAGAGUAGGAACACAUACUGUUACUUCUGGGCCCCUUGAGGAUGCUGUUGAGGAGGAAGAAGAAGAAUGCCUGUCUGAGGAAAAUGAUACUGUCUCAAAAGAAGACUUUCCAUUGGAGGAAAGCUUUUCUACAGAGUUUGAGCCUGAAAAUCUGAGCUGUGAAGAAGUGGAAUACUUUUGUAAUAAAGGCAGUGAAGAAGCCAUCCAGGAGGCAGCAGAAGCUGAUGGUGAUGCAAGGUCAGAGAAACCAGGACAGCUUGCUUUGGAGUCUGAAGAUUGGGAUGGGCCAGGGGAGUUGGAGGUGGUCCAGAAAGACGGAGAGCGCAAGAUUCAGAGCCGGCAGCAGCUUCCGGUUGGAACAAUGUGGGGACCCUUUGCUGGGAAGAUGGAUCUGAAUAAUAACACCUUGAAGACAAAGGCUUCAGUCCCUAUGGUACUGACUGGUGGCCCCAAGUGGUUAUUGGAUGUGACUUGGCAAGGAGUAGAAGACAACAAAAACAACUGCAUUGUGUACAGCAAAGGAGGGCAGCUUUGGUGUACCACAACCAAGGCCAUCUCAGAGGGUGAAGAGCUGAUUGCCUUUGUGGUGGAUUUUGACUCAAGGCUGCAAGCUGCUAGUCAGAUGACUCUCACAGAAGGGAUGUAUCCUGCACGGCUGCUGGACUCAAUACAGUUGCUCCCUCAACAGGCUGCAAUGGCAUCUAUUUUGCCAACAGCUAUUGUGAACAAGGACAUAUUCCCUUGCAAAUCCUGUGGCAUUUGGUAUCGAAGUGAGAGGAACCUGCAGGCCCAUCUCAUGUAUUACUGCAGUGGGAGGCAAAGAGAGGGGCCCCAGCUGUCAGAGGAGAAUGAAGAUAGCACUCAGCAUAUAUCCAGUAUCUGCCCCUUUCCACAGUGUACCAAAAGUUUUUCUAAUGCAAGAGCUCUGGAGAUGCACCUAAAUUCCCACAGUGGAGUGAAAAUGGAGGAAUUUCUGCCACCAGGUGCUAGUCUGAAAUGCACAGUUUGUACUUACACUGCAGACUCGGUGAUUAACUUUCAUCAGCACCUGUUCUCCCAUCUUACUCAAGCUGCCUUUAGAUGCAAUCACUGCCAUUUUGGCUUCCAAACUCAGAGGGAGCUACUGCAGCACCAAGAGUUACAUGUCUCCGGCAACAAAAUUCAGAGAGAAAGUGACAUUGAACAGUCUCCAAGUGGAAAUGAAGAAGGUUUACAGCCGGCAACAGACCUGUUGAGCAGAAAUGAUGUUCCCCAGAGCCAAAAGACCAUGCAGACUAAAGAUGCAAGUUCUGAUACAGAGCUUGAUAAAUGUGAAAAAAAGGCUCCACUUUUCCUUCCAAACCAGAGGCCAGAAACCCAACCUGCAACAAAUAAGCAGAGCUUUUCAUACACUAAAAUAAAAUCUGAACCAUCCAGUCCAAGACUUGCUUCAUCACCAGUUCAGCCUAACAUUGGUCCUUCUUUCCCAAUGGGACCUUUUCUUUCCCAGUUUGCUUUUCCCCAGGACAUCACUGUGGUUCCUCAGGCAUCAGAGAUACUAGCCAAAAUGUCCGAACUGGUCCAUCGAAGACUGAGGCAUGGAAGCAGCAAUUAUCCUCCUGUAAUUUACAGUCCUCUGAUGCCCAAAGGGGCUACGUGUUUUGAGUGUAACAUAACAUUCAAUAAUUUGGACAACUACUUGGUACACAAAAAGCAUUACUGCAGCAGCCGAUGGCAGCAGAUGACAAAGUCUCCAGAUUUCUCCAGCGUUCCAGAAAAAAUGCCGGAAGCUGUAAGUCCCAGUAACGGUCAGAGCUCCAUCAGCAUCUUGAACGCAGCUCCUCACGCAUCAGAGCCAGAGAACCAGCUUCUGCAGACAUCUUGCAUAAACUCUUCCAACGUUUUAGAUUUGAUGGGGCCAAACAAUAAAGGUCACGAGAAAGACUUCACAGCCCAGUCUAAGAAGCUGCCGGCGGCAAGCAAUGGUGAUGAGAAGAUAAACGGAAAACCUGAUGUGAAGAGCCCCGGUGCAUCUUUAGUAGAAGGGGAGAGCGACCCCAACAAGACCACAUGUGAAGCUUGUAACAUUACCUUCAGCAGACACGAGACGUACAUGGUGCACAAGCAGUACUACUGCGCCACACGCCACGAUCCCCCGCUGAAGAGGUCCGCCUCCAACAAAGUGCCUGCCAUGCAGAGAACCAUGCGGACCCGCAAGCGGAGGAAGAUGUAUGAGAUGUGCCUACCGGAACAAGAGCAAAGGCCACCCCUGGUUCAGCAGAGGUUUCUAGAAGUGGCUAAUCUGGGCAAUCCUUGUACAUCUACUCAAGAGUCGGCAGAAGGCCUUGGGGAAUGUUACCACCCACGAUGUGACAUCUUCCCAGGCAUAGUCUCGAAGCACCUAGAGACAUCACUGUCUAUUAACAAAUGUGUUCCACUUUCCAAAUGUGACACUCCCCACUCCGCCGUCUCUUGUCUGGAGAUGGAUGUGCCAAUAGAUCUCAGUAAAAAAUGCUUACCCCCAUCAGAGAGGACAUCUGCUUCUCCCAAAAGGCUGCUCGACUACCACGAGUGCACGGUAUGCAAGAUAAGUUUCAACAAGGUAGAGAACUACCUGGCUCACAAGCAGAAUUUUUGCCCUGUCACUGCCCAUCAGCGUAACGAGCUGGGACAACUGGACAGUAAGGUGUUUCAAACCCCAGAGAGUGAGCGGAACAGCCCAGACGUGAGCUACGAGAGAAGCAUCAUCAAAUGUGAGAAAAAUGGAAACUCCAAACAGUCCUCUCCCAACGGAAACUUAUUUUCCACACACUUAGCAACACUUCAAGGACUGAAAGUCUUCAGUGAAGCGGCCCAGCUGAUUGCUACAAAAGAAGAAAACAAACAUUUGUUUCUUCCACAAUGCCUUUACCCUGGAGCAAUAAAGAAAGCUAAAGGAGCAGAUCAGCUUUCUCCAUAUUAUGGAAUUAAGCCAAGUGAUUACAUUUCUGGGUCUCUUGUCGUUCACAAUACUGAUUUAGAUCAAAGCACAAACACGGAAAGUGAAUCCCCUAAGGGCCCGGUGCCCGCGAACGGGUGUACUGGGCAGAAGAAAGAGUCUCUUCCGCUCUUGCCCAAAAACCGAGGCAUGGUAAUAGUUAAUGGGGGACUAAAACAGGAGGAAAGACCUGCGACAAACCCACAGCAAGAGAACAUUUCCCAGAACCCUCCGCAUGAAGAUGGGCACAAGUCUCCCUCUUGGAUCUCUGAGAACCCCUUAGCUGCAAAUGAAAACGUGUCUCCAGCAAUCCCUACAGCAGAGGAACAGUUGUCUAGUAUAGCUAAAGGCGUGAAUGGUUCUAGCCAGGCCCCAACCAGUGGGAAGUAUUGCCGCCUGUGUGACAUCCAGUUCAACAACCUUUCAAACUUUAUAACCCACAAGAAGUUUUAUUGCUCGUCACAUGCAGCAGAACAUGUCAAAUGA